AUGGAGACUCAUCUCUUCGCUAUUUCUACGGCCGCCUGCAGGUUUAUCCAACUUCUGUCACACUGGAAUAAGAUCUUCUAUCGGCAUCAGCAGAUUUCCUACUUUAAAAGAUAUAUACUGAAGGAAGAACAACAAGACCCGAAGAGGAGGUCAAGGUCAUCGUGCGGCCACAGCAGGACGUCGACCCCUUGCAAGUCGUCCUCAUGCUGGUCAUCAAGGAUGAGAAGGAGAAGCAAGCUUAUAAUGUAUACUAUGAGGUUCUGGAUCGCCGUCCAGAUAUAUUUCUCGCCUUACUCAUCUUUCCGCCAACUAGAACGCUACGAGACGAUCGAGUUGAGAUUCCACUCAUGCCGGCGAGUACCCUAUUGCAGCCGGCCGCACCGUGGCCACACUAUGAGCCGCGAGCUGAAAGACGAACGGUUCAAAGCCUUCAACCACCCGAAAAGACAAGGAGGCGCAUUUCAUGCCCUGAAUGGAGUAGGUAGCAUUCUCAAGAUCCACUCUCCAUGCAUCAAAUGCCGCCUCAUGUACCGGUCUGGAUAUAUCGGUCAGAAACCGAAAAAUGGACCAGACACUAUGGCCCUAUGGCAACUGCGCCGAAGACCUAUGCCAUAA